AUGGGUUUAGCCAUAUACCCGGAUAUCGAGAGUCUGAAAAAGUACCAGGAGAAGGCGGGGAGCGAUGUGAGGUUGUAUCCUGUGUGUGCGUAUUUGAGGGAUUCAGAAUUGACGUCGCAUGCAGCGUAUUUGAAACUGGCGAAACUGAACGACGAGCGGCGGGAUCCGUCGUUUCUGCUGGAUUCUGUUGCGACGGUGGAUACGCCCAGCCGGUAUGUGUACAUUGGAGUGAAACCCAAGCGGGUUAUAAAGACGGGGGCCAGCGAGGGAGCGGAGUGCGAUCCGCUGGUGGUGUUGGAGCGGGAGAUGCGCAGUUAUGGAAAAUCCGCAUUGAUUCACGGGAUUCCGCCGUUCAGUGGGGGUGCUAUGGGGUAUGUGUCGUACGACUGUGUGAAGUACUUUGAGCCCAAGGCAAGGAGGGAGCAAGCAGAUGUGAUGGGGUUGCCUGAGAGUGCGUUUAUGUUGUUUGAUACGGUGGUGGUGUUUGAUAAUGUUUGUCAGCAGAUUCAGAUUGUGACGAAUAUCGAUUUGGCAGUGUCCGAAGAUAUGGAGAGCGGGUAUGCUGCUGCUGCUGCUGUGAUUGAGCGAUAUGCUAACAUACUGCAGACGGGCGAGGUGGAAGUUCCGUUGCAGCCUCCUAUCAAGUUGAAUCAGGAGUUUACGUCCAACAUCGGGAAGGAGGGGUACAAGAGCCAUGUGCGUGUGUUAAAGCAGCACAUCAGAGAUGGUGAUAUUAUCCAGGCGGUGCCCUCUCAGCGGAUCUCCAGGCCGACGUCGUUGCAUCCGUUCAAUAUCUACAAGCACCUGCGCACCUUGAAUCCUUCGCCAUACAUGUUCUAUAUUGACUAUGUUGACUUUCAGGUGAUUGGUGCGUCUCCAGAACGUUUGUUAAGUGUGGACAAGGAUAGGAAGGUCGUCACCCACCCAAUUGCAGGGACCAUUCGAAGGGGGGCGACACCCGAUGAAGACGAAGUUCUUGCGGCGGAGCUUAAAAAUUCCUUGAAGGACCACGCAGAGCAUGUCAUGCUUGUUGAUCUCGCGCGUAAUGACAUCAAUCGGGUCUGCGAUCCAAAAUCGACUUGUGUCGAGAAGUUUUUGUCUGUGGAGAAGUUUUCUCAUGUGCAGCACCUGGUUUCAAAGGUUUCGGGAACUCUCAGAGACGAUAAAACUAGAUUCGAUGCUAUGAGAUCUGUCUUCCCUGCGGGCACCGUAUCGGGUGCCCCAAAGGUUCGUGCCAUGGAGCUGAUCGCAGAAUUAGAAGGCGAAACACGUGGUGUGUAUGCUGGUUGCAUUGGCUUUUGGAGCUUCGAUGAAAACAUCAUGGAUAGCUGUAUCGCUCUAAGAACCAUUGUUUACAGAGACGGUGUAGCAUACUUGCAAGCUGGUGGAGGCAUUGUCUUUGAUUCCGAUGAGACAGACGAAUAUACAGAAACAAUGAACAAGAUGCUCGCCAACCAUAGCACCAUCUUGCAAGCAGAACGUUUCUGGUCGGAGAAAGUCGGAUCGAUUUGA